GGGACCGGGGGCCGUGAGGGGCAGCGGGGGCGGAACGGGGCCGUGGUUGUGGCUCGGGAGCCGCUUCCCCGGGCUCCCCGGGCCGCUGUGGUGGCGGGGCCGGGCCGCCGAGCGCUCCGCCCCGGCCUGCAGCGCCCCGGCAGCGCGGCGGGAUGGCGGGCGGCGGCUACGGGCGCUACCGGGCCCUCAUCUUCACGGCCAUGUUCGUGGGCUACACGCUCUACUACUUCAACCGCAAAACCUUCUCCUUCGUCAUGCCCGCCGUCAUGGCCGAGGUGCCUCUGGGCAAGGACGAGCUGGGGCUCAUCACCAGCAGCCAGUCCGCAGCCUACGCCAUCAGUAAGUUUGUCAGCGGAGUCCUGUCCGACAGCCUGAGCGCCCGCUGGCUCUUCUCGUCCGGCCUCUUGCUGGUGGGUCUGGUCAACGUGCUCUUCUCCUGGAGCUCCUCCGUGGCCGCCUUCGCCGGGCUCUGGUUUCUCAACGGGCUGGCUCAGGGGCUCGGCUGGCCGCCCUGCGGGAAGAUCCUGCGGAAGUGGUUUGAGCCUUCCCAGUUUGGGACUUGGUGGGCAAUCCUGUCUACAAGCAUGAACUUGGCUGGAGGCUUAGGCCCCAUUGUUGCUGCUCUUGUGUCUCUCCACUACGAUUGGCGCAUGACUUUGUCCUUCUCUGGCUUCAUCUGCGUGGUUGUCUCUUUUGUUUGCCUUGUCCUGAUUAAAAAUGAGCCAGCGGAUGUUGGGCUACCCAACAUUGAACAAGGACCCAAGAAAGGGAAGAAAGGUUCUUCUAGCGAAAACAGCACUUUGACAGAGCUGCUCCUCUCGCCGUACCUCUGGGUGCUCUCAACAGGCUACCUGGUCGUUUUUGGAGUGAAAACAUGCUGCACUGACUGGGGACAGCUCUUCCUGAUCCAGGAGAGGGGACAAUCUAUGCUUGUGGGUAGUUCCUACAUGAGUGCCUUGGAGAUCGGGGGCCUGGUGGGGAGCAUUGCUGCUGGAUACCUCUCUGACAGAGCAGUAGCAAGAGUCGGUCUGUCAAACUAUGGGAAUCCUCGGCACGGGCUACUGCUGUCCAUGAUGGCAGGGAUGUGUGUUUCCAUGUUUCUUUUCCGGGUAACAGUCACGGGCGAUUCUCCCAAGCUGUGGAUCCUGACUCUGGGAGCUGUGUUCGGGUUCUCCUCCUACGGGCCGAUCGCUCUGUUCGGGGUGAUAGCCAACGAAAGUGCCCCUGCCAACCUCUGCGGCACCUCUCAUGCCAUUGUGGCUCUCAUGGCCAAUGUUGGAGGCUUUCUGGCCGGACUGCCCUUCAGUACCAUUGCCAAACACUACAGCUGGGCCACAGCUUUCUGGGUGGCUGAAAUCACCUGCACUGCGAGCACCGUGGCUUUCUUCUUACUGCGGAACAUCCGCACCAAAAUGGGCCGAAUUCCCAGGAAGGCUGACUAAGGAUAAACUGCCUGGUGAAAAGGAUGCUCCCGUGCUGACACAAAUUGUAUUUGUUUUUUAUUUAACUGGCCUAGGAGUGAGUUUAACUAUUGCUGCAACCUACAUAAAAACGUGUCAACUUCUCAUUUGCUUUCACUGUGCCCUGAAGGCACAAGGUUCCUGCUGAUUGCUUUAUCCCUUGAGAUGUGAUAAUUCAGCCAGUCCCCACGUGCAGUGAUUGCACUGUUGGACCUUUUUACAGCACUGUUGGUGAUGCAGGCAGCUUUCACAGCCCGAGCCACUCAACUGAAAGUGCUGUAAAAUGCCUGGCUGGCUUCAGGUGCUGUCACGUUUAGUUUUGUUCUCAUUGUUGGUCUCAAUCAUUAACUGUUAAUUUAGCCUCCUUGUUCAGGGACACUGAUAUGCACCUUUUCUACACUCAUUCAUCCUUUGCAGCUGCUGUAAAUGCGGCUGUCUUAGUUGGCUUGGGUUUGAGCUCUCUGCUUUCUGCCCUGGAACUAUGACAGACCAGUGAAUAAUUAUUACAGUACAGCUUCACAGCUUUACCCAGUAUUUUUUUUUUUUAAAGCUAGGUUGUUGUUAUGCUCUGGACAAGUGGAUCACUAAUGGAGUGCUGCGAUGCGAUUCUCCUCAGCACUUAGAAACAGGCACGUUUCCAAGAAAUGGUUGGUAGUUCAGGGGAAAGCAUUUAGAGAAGCUCCUUCUGUUGAACUGAUCCUGCCCAGUGUGAUUUCUGUGUACAGUGUUAAUGAUUUGCAAAGCAGCAGCUGCUGCCAAGUCUGAUUUGCAGAGUGUGCUCUGCAAGCUGCUAGAAAAACUGACUCUGCAGCAGGCAUUGCAACAGCAGCUGCCACUGGCACACAUCUUCUGCAGCUGGGUUUUAUGAUAGCUGCUAUUUCUAGUAUUGCCUUGUAUUUUAUCAGUAAAAGAUGCGUAGCAUAGGAUGUUUUCAGGCAAAAACUGCAUCUCUUAUGGCUGUGGGUAAGGGCUUGAGCUAUCUCAGAGAGGCCUGAGCAGGAAUAUUGCUGACAGCAGGCAGCACUGAUCUGUCCAACCCACCACUUUUGGCAAUAAAUAGACUCAAGUUUUUAACCAGGAUUUUGUUGAAUAUCCUGCAUUUCCCCCAGAAAGAUGUAUUGAUCUGGGGGUACUGGAAAAGGGGAGUUCAACUCCUGAAGAACCACACGUACUUUGCUGAACAGCUCGGUUGCAAGAGUAGAUGGUCAGUCUUAAUUAAAAUAAUGGAAGCAAAUUGCAUUUUGUACUUAAUUAUAUGAUCUUUUACUAUCUGUGAAAUAAAAAUGGAGCAGUGUC